AUGGAGUUUGGCAUGUUUGGUUUGGGCGUGCAGAAGAUUGCCAGCAUGGACUUCUUCGGCACGUCCUUCCCUGUGUGGUGCCUGACCGAAGUGGCCGACAAGCAGUCCUCCGGCGUCACUGUUGUUGACGAGCUUGCGAAAGCAUUUGGAGGCCCCGGUAUCAAGGCGAACGAGCUUUGUGUCAUCGAUCCGCAGAAGGCUCCGAUCUCGGAGGAUGGCUACGAAGCUGUUUUGUCUUUGAAGGACGUUGACAAGAUGGCAACCUUUGUGUCCCGUGUCGUGGAGCACAUGGGAGGCUCUGUGACAGACAAGAGCCAGUUGCAGAGCUUUGCCAAGAGGUACACAGGAAGCACAGUUGCGGUUGAAAGAGCGCGACUCUUGGCCGCGGCCGGAAACCUCAGCUUCGCCUCCAUGGCCUCGGAUCUCGGCCAGCAUCCAUCUUGGAUCAGCUGGGAUGCAAUGGCUGCCUGUGUUGCCGAUCGAGCUUCAGAUGAGGGCAGUGUGGGACAGGCAAUCAGCUAUGCUUGCGGCAAGCUCCACUCCUUCAACUGUUCAGAAUUACCAGCUGGCUGCAAUCAGGACGUAUGGCUGAAGGCGGACUAUGUCCUCAGUUUGUUCUACCUGCGGCAGGUCACCAGCGGAACUCCACUACAGGAUUGCAGCUUCAAUGGUGCUGCCAUGUUCGCACCAGCGUCCACAUACAGAGCUAUUGAUUCGAGGUGUAUCAUCACUAAGGAUGCUGCCACCACGGCUCUCAGCGAGGAAGGCUACCAGACAGUGAUCAGCAGCAACAGCACUGCUCAGGUGCCGCUCUUGCACUGUGCUGUACGCCCCAAGUUUUAG